CCUGUUAGGGAAGUACCCCAGUUUCUCACGUUCAGUGCGUGUCCCUGUGGAGGGGACGGCACGUAUAUUCUUUUUCCCCAGAAUUUGUUCCUCUGACGGGCAGGCUGUGGCUGUAAAAUCACUAUGUCCUUUCUUGCGCUUCUGUUUCUUCCACUCGCUUUGAAACAAUCCCUAUCUGGCUGCCAGCAGAACCAGGAAGCAGAUGGGAAAGAGAAGAGGCAGGGGAAACAUCGAAUUGGGAGCGUUAUGUCCUUCGCGGGCUCCCGUAGUGCAGGGCCACCGCGGCGCAGUGCGCGGUCUUUUCAAAGCGCGAGACGUUCAGAGCGCAACGGCUGUUGCCGGGGUGCGACGGAGGAGGUCCGGGCGAGUAAGUCGUCGCUUCGGUUUUCUAGUCUAGGCUGGUGUGAGACGCUCGUAAGGCGAGGUGACUUGGCACCAGUCUCUGGCGGAAGCAGGAUCUGAUCCCGCAGCCUCUGAUUUAACCGUGUGGUUGCUAUAAUGGAAGGAAUCAAUAAUUUCAAGACACCAAACAAAUUAUCUGAGAAAAGGAAAUCUGUAUGUUCAACUCCGUGUAUAAAUAUCCCUGCCUCUCCGUUUAUGCAGAAGCUUGGCUAUGGGACUGGGGUAAAUGUUUACCUAAUGAAAAGAUCUCCAAGAGGUUUGUCUCAUUCUCCUUGGGCUGUGAAAAAGAUUAAUUCUAUAUGUAAUGAUCAUUAUCGAAGUGUAUAUCAAAAGAGACUGACUGAUGAAGCUAAGAUUUUGAAAAGCCUUCAUCAUCCAAACAUCGUGGGUUAUCGAGCUUUUACUGAAGCCAGUGAUGGCAGUAUGUGCCUUGCCAUGGAGUAUGGAGGGGAAAAGUCUCUAAAUGACUUAAUAGAAGAGCGAUACAAAAACAGCCAAGGUCCUUUUCCAGCAGCUAUAAUUUUGAAAGUUGCCUUGAACAUGGCAAGAGGGUUAAAGUAUCUGCACCAAGAAAAGAAACUACUUCAUGGAGACAUAAAAUCUUCAAAUGUUGUAAUUAAAGGUGAUUUUGAAACAAUUAAAAUCUGCGACGUAGGAGUUUCUCUCUCAUUGGAUGAAAAUAUGACUGUGACUGAUCCUGAGGCCUGUUACAUUGGUACUGAGCCAUGGAAACCCAAGGAAGCUUUGCAGGAAAAUGGAAUUAUUACUGACAAGGCAGACAUAUUUGCCUUUGGCCUUACUCUGUGGGAAAUGAUGACUUUAUCUAUUCCACACAUUAAUCUUAAUCUUACAGAUGAUGAUGAUGAUGAUGAAGAUAAAACUUUUGAUGAAAGUGACUUUGAUGAUGAAGCAUACUAUGCAGCUCUGGGAACCAGGCCCCCUGUUAAUAUGGAAGAACUGGAUGAAUCGUACCAGAGGGUACUUGAACUCUUCUCUGUGUGCACUAAUGAAGACCCUAAAGCUCGCCCUUCUGCCACACACAUUGUUGAAGCUUUGGAAUUAGAUGGCCAGUGAUCAUGUUUUUGAUGACCUCAGUGUAUAAUGGUCUGUUUUCUUGGAUGUUUAUAUGUUACUAUGCUGAUCUGCAGUUAUUACCCUCUGGAAGUGGCCUAUUUUAGGUCCUAUUUAGGUCCUUGUUAAUUUUGAAUAGCUUAUUUUAUUUUAUUUUAUGUUUUUGGUACCUGGGAUUGAACUCAGGACCUUGUGCUU